AUGGGGCCGGGGCGCGGGGCGGGCGGGGGGAGGCGUGGGGCCGUGGCGCUGCUCUGGGUGGCGGCCGUGCUGUGCCAGCUGGGCAGCGGCAGCGUCCUCCGCCGCCGGCUCCACGCCGCCGGGGUCCCGCAGCGGCGGCUGAGCGGCGGCGAGCGGCGGGACGUGCAGCGGGAGAUCCUGGCCGUGCUGGGGCUGCCCGGCCGGCCCCGGCCCCGCGCCCCCGGCCGCGCCCCCGCCGCCGCCGCGCCGCUCUUCAUGCUCGAUCUGUACCACGCCGUGGCCGGAGAGGAGGAGGAGGAGGGUGAGGAAGCGGCGGUGUCGCGCCCGGUACUCACCGGGCUCAGCACGCAGAGCCCCCCGCCCGGCAGCGUCGUGAGCCGCGCAGACACCGUGGUCAGCCUCGUUAAUAUGGUGGAGCAGGACCGGGACCUGCUGUCACCCAAGCCCUACUGGAAGGAGUUCAGGUUCGACCUGACCCAGGUGCCGGCGGGAGAGGCCGUGACGGCCGCCGAGUUCCGCAUCUACAAAUCGCGGGCUGUGGGCAGGCACGGCAACAGCAGCCUGCACGUCAGCAUCUACGAGGUGGCUGGGCAGCAUUCCAACAGGGAAUCUGACCUGUUCCUGCUGGAUGUGCAGGACCUGCGUGCUGGCACAGAGGGCUGGCUGGUGUUUGAUGUCACAGCUGCCAGCAGCCACUGGUCAGUGGAUCAGAAAUACACCCUGGGGCUGCGGCUCUACGUGGAGACAGAUGAUGGGCACAGCGUGGAUCCAGGCUCAGCUGGGCUCCUGGGGCGCCGGGGACCCCGCUCCAAGCAGCCCUUCAUGGUGACAUUUUUCCGGGCCAGCCCCAGCCCCUCCCGUGUCACACGAGCAGCCAAACCCCCGAGGAGGCGACAGCCCAAGAAAUCCAACGACCUCCCCCACCCAAACAAGCUCCCAGGAAUUUUUGAUGAUGUCCCCCCCACGGAUGGGCGGCAGGUCUGCCGGCGCCACGAGCUCUACGUCAGCUUCCAGGACCUCGGCUGGCUGGACUGGGUGAUUGCUCCCCAGGGAUACUCAGCCUACUACUGCGAGGGGGAGUGUGCAUUCCCACUGGACUCCUGCAUGAACGCCACCAACCACGCCAUCCUGCAGUCCCUGGUCCACCUGAUGAAGCCUGAGGCCGUGCCCAAGGCGUGCUGUGCCCCCACCAAGCUCAGUGCCACCUCUGUCCUCUACUACGACAGCAACAACAACGUCAUCCUCAAAAAGCACAGGAACAUGGUGGUGAAAUCCUGUGGCUGCCACUGAUGGACAGCUCCCAUCCCCACCCCUGGGUGUCCCAUUCCCUCUCCUGAGUGUCCCAUUCACACCCCUGGAUGUCCCAUUCCUGUCCCUCAGUGUCCCCUUCCCAUCCCUGAGUGUCCCAUCCCCAUCCCUGGAUGUCCCAUCCCAUCCCUGAGUGUCCCAUCCCAUUCCUGGAUGUCCCAUCCCCACUCCUGAGUGUCCCAUCCCACCCCCGGAUAUCUCAUUCCCAUCCCUGGAUGUCCCAUUCCAUCCCUCAGUGUCCCAUUCCCGCCCCUGAGUGUCCCAUCCCCAUCCCUGAGUGUCCCAUCCCCAUCCCUGAGUGUCCCAUUCCUGUCCCUCAGUGUUCCAUUCCCACCCCUGGAUGUCCCAUCCCAUCCCUGAGUGUCCCAUCCUGAUCCCUGGAUGUCCCAUCCCCAUCCCUCAAUGUCCCAUCCCAUCCCUGAGUGUCCAUCCCCAUCCCUGGAUGUCCCAUCCCCACCCCUGCAUGUCCCAUCCCAUCCCUGAGUGUCCCAUCCCAUCCCUGAGUGUCCCAUGCCAUCCCUCAGUGUCCCAUUCCCACUCCUCAGUGUCCCAUCUCAUCCCUGAGUGUCCCAUCCCAUCCCUGAGUGUCCCAUUCCCACCCCUGGAUGUCCCAUCCCAUCCCUGAGUGUCCCAUGCCAUCCCUGAGUGUCCCAUUCCCACUCCUAGUGUCCCAUGCCAUCCCUGAGUGUCCCAUCCCCAUUCCUGAGUGUCCCAUCCCAUCCCUGAGUGUCCCAUCUCAUCCCUGAGUGUCCCAUCCCAUCCCUGAGUGUCCCAUCCCCAUUCCUGAGUGUCCCAUCCCAUCCCUGAGUGUCCCAUCCCCAUCCCUGAGUGUCCCAUCCCAUCCCUGAGUGUCCCAUUCCAUCCCUGGAUGUCCCAUUCCACCCCUGAGUGUCCCCUCCCAUUCCCACCACAGCAAUGUGUCCCUGGGUUUCUGCUGCACUCAUGGAAGAGGAGCUUUGUGGGCUGCAUCAGAGCAAAAUCCAUUAAUAAUAAUAAUAAUAAUAAAUAAUUAAUAAUAAAAGCCAAAAAAAACCCCUCCCACCCCUUUCCAGAAGUGGAUGUAAAUAAUACAAAACUUCCUUUUUCUUAUCCUGCUUGAUGAGACACAGAUACAUACAAACAUAUAAAUAUAGAGAGAGAGGAAAGAGGAUUUUUGGCUGAUUCUGUUUGGUCUGAGGAGUUUUCCCUGUGCUGGAGGCACUUUUGUGGGGAGGCAGCACCAGCUUGCUCUGAGCUGUUUCUAGCUGUGUGUUUCUCCACUAACCCACCUCUACCCAAGUGCUUUUAAUUCCCUUAAUGAAAAUAUCAUCAGCCAAUUAAGUAGCUGGCUGACUAACCCCCUCCUGUUUACCCAAAGUUCACCCAAACUCAGCCAGCUGGAAAAAAAAUAAAAUAUCCAUAUUGAGCUGCAGCACUGUUAUAAAAUAAACGCAAAGUUUGGAAAGUAAA